AUGGAUUUGGAGUACCUGGACGAGAACUUCGAUCCUAAAGGGAUUAAAGUGGCGCAAUUGCGUCGCAUCCUGUUGGAAAACGAUGUAGUAUUGUCGCAAGGUUUGAAAAAGGCUGAGCUUUGUGACCUGUUUGAACAGGAGAUAAGGCCCAAAAGAGCGGAAUUGUUGCGUGAAAACAAGGGUAGAGAGCAUAAGGAUGACAUUGAGAAGGCUACAACAGAUUCGAGCUUCUCUCGAGACGUUUCUUCGGAGGAAUCGCCUUUCACAAAUGAAAACGACUUCCAGAGAAAGUCGAAGAAAGUCAAGCAAACAACCAGGAAGCGUAAAAUGGAGGAAACGGAAGAUGGAGACACUCAAGGGGCUCGUUUAGAUGUUCCAAAGCCCAAAAAACGUGGUAAAAAAAGGCGUCCUACCGCGAGCACAGAUGAUGAAUUUAUCAACAAACAGAUCACAGGUUCUCCAUUGGUUGACAAAGUACAAUCGAAAAGCCCGAUCAAAAGUUCACCUCAUAGAUCACUUGUGAUUGAAAAGUUUGAAUCGUCAUCAUCGUCGUCUGCUGCUUCGUCACCAGGACCCGCCUCUCCCAAUGCUGGAAUAAUGGAUUUCUCCCUUCAACGUCGAACAGAUUCGCCUGAUCUCUCCAAACUAAAAAUUAGUCCAGAGUUCAGAGAACAGCUUAUGAGAGCUUCUUCUGGAUCUCCUGGUACCAAUUACACAAAGGCUAGAUCUAAGGAAGUGAAAAACGAAUCUCCAGACGUCUCGUUUCAAGACCUGCCCUCGUUUUCUAGCACUCAAAAACGUUCCGGUAAGACUGAAUCAUCGACUGAUGCAACACCUUCAAAGAACGCUAAUACCAAUCAAGACGCUUUAAGAUCGACUGAAAGCCGACCUCCAACUCAUGAUGAUACCACUGACAAGUCAGAAGAAAGGAAUAAGUUGAGAAGAGGCACAUCUGCAGAAAUUGGUACCACAGAAGAAACACCAAAAGCAUUGGCGCACAGUCCCGCGGAGGACCAAGAUGCAUCUUUAGAAAACGAAACCAUCGCAUCUUCCGAGGCUGAAGAAAAUGACGAGUCCAUUUCAUUGCACACUCUCGAGCAGCGAGUUGACGAAACAGAGUCUGCAUCCGCUACUCCUACAGGAUCGCACGCUGAAGAGUCAGAAGAGGAAAAAGAAUCUGAGGAAUCGAAAGCAGAGGAUCAUGGAGAGGAAGAGAAGUCUCAAGUUUCAAGGACGAAAAGAACUUCAAAUUUCUGGAGAAACACACGAUCUGGGGCUAAGACCUUGGGUUAUUUAUUGUGGAAGCUAAUUUUGAACUUAAUGAUAAUUAUUCCCAUCCUUUUUGGCCUUUGGUAUCGCGAACAAAGGAUACAAGUUGGAUAUUGUGGGCACGAGGUCAAUUUGCCUACUUUCGAAAAUGCUAACGAUGGACCAUGGAUGUCUCGCGUGGAAGAGUUUUUAGAUCAAAGGAAACCUUCUUGCUUACCGUGCCCCGAAAAUGCUAUUUGCUAUCCUUACAUGAAGAUCAAGUGCAGACCUGACUAUGCUGUCACCAAGUCCAAAUGGAGUCUCCAAGGCCUGUUCCCUAUAAGUGAUUACUGCGCAAAGGACUCAAAACGUGAGAAACUGAUUGCAGAAGUGGUUCAAAAAUCGCUGGAGCUUUUAAGAACCAAGAAUGGAAACGUCAAAUGUGGUGAAAGCACGGAUGAUUCUGAAAGCGGAAUAACCGAGGACGACUUGUAUCGAAUUUUUUACGAAUCUAGAGCUCCUUCGAUCAAUAGUGAAGAUUUCGAAGACCUGUGGUCUCAAGUGGUGGAAGACCUAAAACAUGAACCUGACAUUACCUGGAGGCAACGACCAUCAUCUGAAUCUAACCCUGCAGCAGAUACCGACAUCGAUACUGAAACCGAUGACGUUUCGGAACAGGAGAAACAUUUUCAAUACGGCAGCCCAAAAAACGGAAUUUUUCGCUCGACAUCCAAGAAGUACAUCGGGCUCAGAUGUAAGUUCGAAAGAGAGGUUUAUCAGACUUAUCAGAGAUUCAAAUACGUGAUCUGGGUAUUUUUCGGGAUAGUCGUACUGGUCAAGACAGUGACACACCAACUGCGUGCAUAUUUCAAAAGACAAGAAAAAAUUGAGCGACUGACGCGACAGGUCAUUGCUAAACUUCGAAAAAAUGCAGCAGAUUCGCAGAACUCUACUUCGCCGUCCAAUCUAAGCGCCGUUCAAUUGAGGGACGUUUUGCUCUCCGAUGUCGUGGACCUCAAGCUAAAAAAUGAUUUGUGGAAUUCCGUCGUCAAAAAGCUGGAAAGCAAUAAUACUAACGUGAGAAGCAAUCUCAUGGAAGUUCACGGUGAAAUAAUGAAGUGCUGGGAAUGGGUUGGCCCGAUCGAAGACUAA